AUGAACGGGAGAAGGACGAAAAGGAGGACUAAAAGGGGAAGGACGAAAAGGACGAAUGACGAAAAAGACGAAGGAGGAAAAGGCCGAAAAAGACGAAGAACGAAAAAGACCAAGGACGAUAUGGUCGAAGGACGAUAUGGACGAAGGGGAUAUGGACGAAACGCGAUAUGCACGAAGGACGACAAAGACGAAAAGGAAGAUGGACCAACAGGACGAAGGAGGAAAAGGACGAAGGAGGAAAAUGAGGAAGGACGAAAAGGACGAUGGACAAUAUGGACGAUGGACGAUAUGGAGAAGGAAGAAAAGGACGAAGGACGAAUAAGACGAAGGACGAAAAGGACUAAGUACGAUAUGGACGAAGGACGAUAUGGACAAAGGACGACACGGAAGACAAGGACGAAAAGGACCAAGGACGAUAUGGACGAAUUACGAAAAGGAGAAGGACGAAAAGGGGAAGGACGAAAAGGACGAAUGACGAAAAAGACAAAGGACGAAAAGGACGAAGAAAAAAGAGAACGAAGAAAAAAGAGGACGAAGAAGGAAAAGGACGAAGGAGGAAAAGGACGAAGGAGGAAAAGGACGAAGGAGGAAAAGGAGGAAGGCCGAUGGAUGAAAAGGACGAAGGGAGAAAGGACGAAGGAGUAA